GAUCAUUUCUAUGUUUGGGCCGGAUCGCAAGGUAUCCUCUCGCAUACGAACAUCCGCCGUCCGUGCACUGCCCGCUCGGCGCGUUACUAUAGAAUCAAAUACGCGGACGCGUACAUGUAAUCACCCACUUCAAUGCUUCGCGAAGCACAUCCCGUUCCUGGCGAAUCGAUGCGCAUCGGAUGCUGCCAAGUUCAAGAAAGCAACUCUUCAGUGACACUCUGCGUGCCCUGAUGGCCACUAAAACCGAUGAAUGGAAGUGUGUUUCUGGUCGCCUACCCUGCAUUCGACGUUGCGACCAAGCACACGGCUCGACGCUAGCGAGAGCUUCUGCCGGUUCGAUCAACCCAUGCCAUGCGGGUUUAGUGUUCCCGGUCAAUCGCGCCUUCGCGUAUGGUACCACUUACGGAUCUAGAAGCAGCCGCGACGGCGGGGCGGGCCCAUGCGGUCUCAGCCACAUUUUCUAGCAUAUAAAAAGGGUGCCCGCAAGACUGGCGGACUC